GACGGGACAACGUAAAGUUGGUUCCUUUUGUUCAAGUUAGUAUCUAAAUUUUGAUGAAUUGAGUUUUAUCUCCAUAAAGCCACGAAAUUGCUAAAGCUAUGAAGCGAUUCUUUAAGCCCAUAGAGAAGGAGGGUUCAACGGCGGCUAAGAAACCCUGCCUCUCGCCGGAAAAGCGUGAAGGAGACGGAGAUGGAGUUGAAGAAGAGAAGAACCAGAAAGAGCCGUCCAAGUUUGUGACGUGGAACGCUAAUAGCUUCCUCCUUCGGGUGAAGAAUGACUGGUCUCAGUUCUCUAAGUUCGUCUCCGAUUUUGACCCGGAUGUCAUCGCAGUACAGGAAGUAAGAAUGCCUGCUGCUGGUGGGAAGGGAAAACCAAAAAAUCCUGAAGAGUUGAGUGAUGACACGAAAGUUCUGCGUGAGGAAAAACAGAUUUUGACAAGGGCUCUCUCAAGUCCACCUUUUGGAAAUUAUCGAGUUUGGUGGUCUCUCGCAGACUCAAAGUAUGCAGGGACAGCUUUGUUAGUGAAAAAAUGUUUCAAGCCCAAGAAAGUUUACUUUAACCUGGACAAAUUAGCAUCUAAACAUGAACCUGAUGGUCGUGUUAUCUUAGCUGAAUUUGAGACAUUUCGUCUUUUGAACACGUAUUCACCUAACAAUGGUUGGAAAGAGGAGGAGAAUUCGUUUCAGAGGAGAAGAAAAUGGGACAAGAGGAUUGUUGAGUUCCUCAACAAAACAUCUGAUAAACCUCUGAUAUGGUGUGGCGACUUAAAUGUCAGUCAUGAGGAGAUAGAUGUUAGCCACCCAGAGUUUUUCGCAACAGCAAAGCUUAAUGGUUAUGUUCCACCAAACAAAGAGGACUGUGGACAGCCUGGAUUUACACCAUCUGAGAGACGACGCUUCGGGGAAACUAUGAAAGAAGGAAUGCUUGUUGAUGCAUACCGGUAUCUACACAAGGAGCAAGACAUGGAAAGUGGCUUCUCAUGGUCGGGGAAUCCCAUUGGAAAGUACCGGGGAAAGAGAAUGAGGAUCGACUAUUUUCUGGUCUCUGAACAACUCAAAGACCGUAUAGUUUCUUGUAAGAUGCACGGUCGUGGGAUAGAACUAGAAGGUUUCUAUGGGAGUGAUCAUUGUCCGGUUACACUGGAGCUUUCAAAGCCAUCUUCAGAAACGGAGCAGAACCAGGUUUCUAACUAAAAAUCAUCUUCUUCUGUAUCAGAACAUAAGCCUUCUUCGACUCAAGCCAAAGCUUAUGUUAUCAGAGUUAAUUUAAUGUUAUUGAGACACUUAGCCGUGUUACUCAGAUGAACUCUCAAAGGUACUUAUAAUUAUUGUUGUGCUUAUCUUAAUAUGCUUUAUUUUCCUAAGAAAUGUAAGGUAUUUUUAAUUGUGAAUUUUCAUUUAAUUAUUUUUAUUUAUUAACUUUUGAUAA